AUGCAAUAAAAUAAUAUAAAUCUUUCUAGAAUGAGCACUAGCUAACAAGAAUUGUUUGAAUAUAUGAGUGAAACCUUAUAAACAUCUGAAAAGGGAUUAUUAGAGAUGCAAAUAUAACAUCCACAAAAUUUCCAAAAGCUUGUUGAAAAGAUGAAGCGCACAAUGAGAAGAGAGAAGGCAAAACAAAGAAAAGCAAAAAGAUGA